GUAGAUAAAUACACCCAAGGUUUGUCCAACCGCUUUAUGCUGGUAAGAGGCAAAUUCAGAGCGAAAUUGUCUCAGUUCUACAAAUUUAAUGGAUUAGGAAGCUUUGGUCUUAUCGCCAAAGCAAGUUUCUCUGUUGUUGUCAUCAUGGCAGCAGUUAUGGACACUGGCUUUGCAUCAUCACCAUCAAUGGCUUGUGAAGCAGACUGGAUGGGUUUGAAAGUCAAUCUGUUCGCUUUUGAUUUUGAUGGCACUUGUACUCAGAAGGACACGACUAGUCUCCUUUACAAGGCAUCAGAGAGGUAUCGAUCAUCUACUCAAGCCGAAAUGAAGAUUAUUGACGAACGCUGGAUAGAAAUUGGAACCAUUUACUGGAAAGGCCUCCAAGAAACUGUUUCAAGGUCAAUGGCUCUUCACACAGAUCCCAAUUCUUUGCCAUCUUUCAAUGAGAGAGGUUUGAGGUCAUUUCUUCAAGAGGUGAACAAAUAUAACAUGGCAAUGAUGAAGAAGGUAGAAGCAAGUGAAAUCCUCAAAGGUAUAUCUAAGGAAGGCAUCAAAGAAAUUGCAAAGGAAGUGAAGCUCAGUCCUGGAUGCUUGAACGUUCUCAAUCACAUCAACUUGCCGUUGCACCUAAUAUCAGUCAACUGGUGUCAGGAGUUAAUCCAGGCCAAUUUAGAUCAUCUCAGGCAUGUGAACAUUUUUGCAAACAGUUUCCCACUUGAAGGUGAAUUAUCAUCGGGCCAUGUGGGAAAGAAAGUGACAAGUCCUUUUGACAAGGAAACAAUAUUUCAGGAUUUGGUCCACAAGCUGUCUACUGACAGUUCAAAUGGCAUCUCAGUUUUUGUGGGCGAUUCCAUUGGAGAUAUACUGGCCAUGUUAAAAGCAGACGUUGGAAUCGUGGUUGGGAAGAGUCAUACCUUGAGGAAGGUGGCCAAAGCAUUUGGAAUCAAGCUCCUUCCUUUGCAGGAAAUUCAGAAGAUGACAGGGAAUGGAUGCCAGGAAUUUGCUACCCCAAAAGAGAGAGGAAUUCUGUUUGAGGCACCAUCAUGGAAUGAAAUUGGAUUCACUUUGUUUGGGACAAGAUACAUUCCAAAUAAGUUCUAGAAUGUCAAAUUAGAACCAUUCUUUUCCUUCAAAAGGAAAUGAAAGAGAUUGUAGGAGAUCCAUGCGACAGUUGAUUUACAACAGAAAUGAGCUUUAAAAGAUCUAUGUUACACUAUGUAGUGCACCAUAGGACAACAUGUUGACUUUAUUGUGAUUCAAUGGUAUUAGAUAGGGAUAAUUAGGAACAGUGUGGGACUGAUAUGCAAAGAAAGACAAACAAAUAUGGUUUUGACAAAGCCAACCUUACUUGUAGUUUCUUUUAGAGCAUAUAUUUUCUAUAAAGCCCCGACCUUUAUAAAAUGAAACUCAUAAAUAAGAUA